AUGGCUGGUGGGGCUGCUCCGUACUUACAUGCGGCCAUACCAAUCCCGAUUGUCCUCUCUGACACCACCCAUGCACCCUUUUGCGAUGCACUGUGGGUCCAAAUCCCGCAUCUCCUACUGGUAGGUGACUUCAACGCCCCAAAGGCCUCCUGGAUGGAGCUCCAGCGCGUCAAAUCAGGCGGAAUUUUUGCAGCGGCGCUGUUUGAAGUCGUUCAACAGAGCGCUUGGACUCGACACGCCAUUGCACCCACCAGAUACCGCGCGGACCAACUACCAUCCCUCCUGGAUUUGGUCAUCACCAACGAAAGACACUUCGUUGAUCAGUCGCUUGACGAAGGCCGCCUUCCCCCUGCUUGGAAGGAAGCGAUUGUCACGCCAAUAUACAAAACUGGUGACCGACUAUCGCCUGGCAGCUAUAGGCCUAUAAGCCUCACUAGCGUGCCGUGCAAGGUGAUGGAACGCAUUCUGAAGCGAGCCAUCCUAGAUCACCUUACUUCCAGCAAUCUGAUAUCUCCAGCUCAACACGGGUUUCUCCCAAACCGUUCUUGCGUAAUAAACAUGCUCGUGUUUAUGGACAGCUUAACCCAAGCCAAGGACCAAGGUCUCAUAUCGGGUGCCAUAUUUUUCGACUUCUCAAAAGCAUUUGAUAGGGUUCCACACGUCCCGCUGCUCCACAAACUCCAGUCUUGCGGGAUUCAAGGGGAAAUCCUUCGCUGGAUCAAGGCGUUCCUAUCAGACAGAUCAUUCCUAGUAAGAAUAGGCUCGAUCUACUCUUCUCCAGCGCCGGUCUCCGUGGGAGUUCCUCAAGGCUCCGUCCUGGGACCAGUGCUGUUUCUGAUCUACGUCAACGACAUCCCAGAUGUUCUUGCAAGUCCAUGUCUACUUUUUGCGGACGACUUGAAAUUUUGGAGUUCCAAUGCCAGUGCCCUCCAAAUGGAUGUAGACGCUACCAAGCAGUGGUCGUUGGACUGGCACCUUCCUCUGAAUGACGAAAAACGAAGUCAAAUAGGAAAUCGCAAAGACCAUAGUUACUUUUGCCAAUUCGCGCCUCAAAAAAGGAGUCUUUCUGGAUACCAAAAGACACGUGUAUCGGACUACGGUGCAGGGUAUACUGCUGUGCGGCUGCGAGAAUUAGUCACUUCUGUUGGGAUCGGUUGGAACCAACGCAUUCGGAAUGAGGUGAUCAGGAGACGGGCAUUUGUGAAGCAGAGUGCAUCCAGCACUGCAACCUACGGGCAUGGGCCAGAUUUUUUACUUGGUGAGUUGCCGCCUGCCGAGAUGAGUGGUACUGUCUUUGCCUUAUUUGAAAUGGAGGAAACCUGGAGGUGCAUGGGGGAUGAUAUGGAAGGGUCACGGUCUCCUCGACCUGGCUCAUGGUCCAGAUCACGUUCUCCAUCACAAGGUGUCGCUAGCUAUAGUUCUAGGUCUCGCUCUCGCACACGUUCCAGGUCUCGUUCGUCAUAUACCAGUGGGCGUCGACGCACAUAUACGAGCAGAUCCCGAAGCCGCUCGCACCCUUCAGGACACUCUCGAUCCGGAUCCAACUAUUCAACUUCUUCCGUUCAAAUUAGCAGCAAAGACCCAAGAGACCGCUCAAAACGCGUGAAUUGGGGAAAUAGUAUCUGGUUGGUGGGAGAGAAAGCCAAGGACGUACUAUUCCACUUCUGUGACAAGUGCGACCUUCCUAUCGUCAUCUAUGGCCGUCUGGUAAGCAAGCCGUCGUUCCUCUACCAUGAUUUGUCUCUAGUUGCCGUGCAAGCAUGUGCUUUGUUAUCAAUGCGCUGUCAAAUUGUCAAACAAAUGUGCCAGAAGUCGGUGCAAAAUAUUGAGCGUUGCCUUGUUGGUGGCAUUUUUAUGUGUUUUGAAAGUGACAACUGUCGUCGCACCUAUUUGAGUCAGCGUGAUCUUCAGGCACAUAUAGACCAUCGUCAUCGUGUUGGGAGCACUGGCGGUUCCACGACUACGCCGGCAGCGCCGGGAGCAGUACAAGUAAAGACCUCUACUGCACAGAAAACCCAAUCCAAAGUUUCGCCGGACGAUUCAGGAAACCAGCCAAUUCCAACUGGGUCCACGGUUCCAGUUUCAUUAUCAAAUGAUUCAUUAUCGCUCUUACAAUCUUUACAACGAUCAUCAAAUUUGGCACAGUGUGCCAGUGUCUCAGUUUCAUCUGCUACAUUGGGAUUUACCACUGGAAAUAAAAACGUUGGACUUCUACCUCUACCACCAACUUCAACUUCGACCUCCUUACCCCAUCCACGUAUCCCCAUGAAUGUGGCCCCACCAGUUCGACCCCCACCAACGUUAACCCCGUUUCCACAGAUGAUGCAGUUUUCAACCCCACCUCCUCCUUUGGGUCCCCGUGGGAUCCCUCCUCCGUCUGUCAUGAAUCCUUCUAUUCCGCCACCAGCGGUCCCAGCACCUCGCAGCCAGCCACCACCAUUUAGUUCAACCAACGCUGUGGCAGCACUUGCAGCAGCCGCAGCCGCAAUGAGUGGUACUCAUCCAAAACCACCUGCCAUGCAAGGUCGUUCAAAUUCCUUGCUUUCUGCUCCUCUCUCAGUUGGAUCUACUGGCCAUUUACAGCCGACCGGUUUGAAUUUGUCGCUGCUUACUAACGCGCUGAUUGGUGGAAGCACUACCUGGAGUCGAACGAACACAAACAUUUCCAAUGUCCGAACACCGUCGUCCACUCCGUCUAGACUUCCACAGUCGGGCCCUUCCGGCCCAUUGAACAUUGGAAGAUUUCCAUUCUAACUUACCAAAUAUGCAUAGCUAAAUUACCACUUGAUAACCUUGCUGUUCUGCCAUGUUUUUUCCCCCAAC